ACCAAAACCAAAAGAAAUCAGUCCUAGAUUUGGCUCCCCUCUUCUCCCCUUCUUCACCUAGCAGAUUUUUCCGUACCUCAACGCAACGCCCUUUCUCCGUCUUCAGUGCAUCCCAAAAAGGUUCCACUGGACUGUGCUUUUUCCUCGUCGCAUCCGGUUUUGCCUUUGGUAGACUCCUUGACUUCCUGAACAGCUAUGAUUUACACAGCAAUUGACACAUUUUACCUAACGGAUGAGCAGCUUAUGAACUCACCUUCUCGUAGAGAUGGAAUAGAUGAAGCCACUGAGACUACCCUUCAAAUCUAUGGGUGUGAUCUUAUUCAAGAAAGCGGAAUUUUGUUGAAACUACCUCAAGCUGUUAUGGCCACAGGUCAAGUGCUGUUCCACCGUUUUUACGGCAAGAAGUCAUUUGCUCGCUUUAAUGUCAAGAGGGUUGCUGCAAGUUGUGUGUGGCUUGCCUCAAAACUUGAAGAAUGUCCUAGAAAAGCGAGGCAGGUCCUCAUUGUUUUCCACAGGCUGGAAUGUCGGAGGGAGAACUUACCCAUAGAGCAUUUGGAUACUUCAUCAAAGAAAUAUCUUGAUCUGAGGGCAGAUUUGAUUCGUGCAGAAAGGCAUCUUCUGAAAGAAAUGGGUUUCAUCUGCCAUGUUGAACACCCUCAUAAAUUUAUAUCAAAUUAUAUUGCAACUCUUGAAAUGCCUGAUGAAUUGAGACAGGAAGCAUGGAAUCUUGCAAAUGACAGUUUGCGCACUACAUUGUGUGUUAGAUUUAAGAGUGAGGUUGUGGCCUGUGGAGUUGUAUAUGCUGCAGCCCGUAGAUUUCAAGUUCCACUGCCCGAGAAUCCUCCAUGGUGGAAAGCAUUUGAUGCAGACAAGGCCGGGAUCGAUGAAGUUUGCCGCGUUCUGGCCCAUCUUUACAAUCUUCCGAAGGCCCAAUAUAUUCCUGUAUGCAAGGAAGGCGGUUCAUUUUCAACAUCAAAUAGAUCAUUGGGUUCUCCCGCUCAGACAAUGUCUAAGGAAGUGCCAUCAAAUGGCCUGUCACGGAAUGAUGACAUCAGCAGUAGUCCAAAGGGGCCUUCUUCUUUUGCAGUGAUGGGUCAGGAAGUGGGUAAAGAUGUGGCAAAUAGGGCCCCUCAUGAUAAGACAAAGAGUGAGGAAGAAUCUAAAAGUUUGGCUUCGGAAGGAGAAACAAGGGAAGAACCUGUUUCCAAAUCAAUAACAACACGUAAAACAGAAGCCGGAGAAAAGGACAAGAACCAUGAUAGGGAUAAAGAAAGGGAGAGGAAGAAGGAAAGGUCAAAGUCAUGGGACCGUGACAGGGGAAGGGAAAGGGAGCGUGAAGAUAUGUCUGAAAGGGAAAGGGAUCGAGCCAAGGGGAGGAGUUAUCACUCAAGAGACAAAGGCCUCCCGGAGAAGUCAAAACGCCACUCUUCUGGAGAUCGGGACUACCAUAGUUCCUCUUAUUCAUCAAGGGACAAAGAGCGACGUAGAAAUCACUAAUGCAGAAUCAUGAACAGGAAGAUUAAUUGAUGGCGGUGGGAAAAACUUCUCAGAUUGUCCUUUUUCCGUUGUGCUGAAUGCUUGAUUUUGUAAUUGCACUCCCUCAUCUACAAAUGAGAAAAGCACUAUAUUUGCGUAUUUGGCCAAGGCGUCAGAGGUUUUUCUAAAGAGCAACAUACCUGGAUAUGACUAAAAACAUGGCGAUCUUUCUUGGAGAAAGUGGUGUGUUAUGUUUUAGCAUUAUCUAGGAAAACUGUUUCUCAAACAAGUGUAUAUAUUUCUUAAUACACUGCUCAUCGGUUUUGUGUUCUUGUAUCUUUUUUGCGCUGAACUAAAGAUAUUCAUUUGUUAGACUUUGUGAUGCCUCUAAAUGGGUAAAUACAAGAUUUGAUAAACAUGUGUUGCUAGCAAAAAAAACUAUCAAUAAUUGACUUGUAGCUAUAAAAGUCAUUAAUUAAAG